AUGAUCCGCCUUGUAGGAAUUGUCGAAGUCGCCCUUGAUCGCCUCAGGAUCCUGGAGCUGGGGCAACGCAUAUACGACCCAGAUCGUUGUGAUUACUUGGCUUCCGUUUUUGGCGGUCACCAGAUUGAUUCCGACAGGACAAACAAUCAAAUCGAUGGCAUCAUCCUCGAGGAAAGCUUGCAGGAGAUACUCUUGGGUUUGCGCCUUCCAGAGGAACGACUCCAAGCCACCCUCUCAGAUAGUCCAUACCCUCAAGUAUACAACCACGACGUCUACUAUAUCCAGGGUCGUCAUCGAAUUGAAGCAGCCAAAAGAUCAGGUGAUGUCCUCACAUGGGUUGUCCGACUGCACGUUACCGACAGCUGGCCAAACUUUAUCCACAAUGAGACGGGGUUCAUACAAAGUCAACCCGAUUGGUACAGCCAUGAGAAAGAAUGGUCAGAUGGAGACAUAUACGUCAAGCUGAGAGAGUCUCAAGUGAGCUGCGAUGAGGACAUUGAGAGACAGUUCACUGUACGACUGGGACCCAUGAAGCGGAAGUCGAUGGCGGAUAUAGAAGUACGCCCCGAGAUCCAAAUUACGCUGGAUAGAUUUAAGGACUUUCCUAGUUUAUUGCAAGGACUAAAACUUGGCAUGAUGUACAAAUACUUGUCGUGGCAUCAUCUGGACGCGGAAGUGACGAAGUACAUGCAACAUAUUGAACAAGUAUACGUCGCUUUGACAGAUGGUGUGGAAUAUGUCCAACAUUCUAUGGACAUCAAUACGAUUCGAACACUUGAGGAACGUUUACCAACGAGUACUGCGGACCGUCAAUUCAUUCAGCGAGGGUUUCGUUCAGGGAGACUCUUUUCCAUGGUGACCGACGAACACUGGCGAGCAAGGAUUGAGUACAUCGUGCUUAACAUGCCAGUCCUCAUACCCAGUCUGAAGUCUUUCCAUGAGUACAUUAAAAUUCUCAGCACGGCUGCUCAAAUUUUGAAGAUUCAUUUGCUGUCGGACCACGCGCAUGAGAAAGGGACGCUCUAA